UCUCCGGCUAGGGCAAGAACCAAGAAGACACACACACCACUGGCGUGGAAAAGACAAAAGGAUAAAAGGGAACCUCUCGAACAGUGGCACCGCCUCCGCUGCUCAGGCUCAUCCUGUCCUGUUCCCGCUGCAGUGCUGCUACCCUUAAUUUGAUCUCUUCUCCCCCCAUAUCACUUUCUUAUCUCUCCCGUUCCCAAGUCUAGAGAAGAAGCCCCCCAUCUUCGUUACACCCACAACUAGCAUCGGCACUUGCCGCGGCCGCCGCAUCUUUCAUCUGGCUACUUGAUAAGUUGAUACUACUUCUCUCAGAAGCAAAGCUUUCUCCUUUCUUCGCUGCAUCUCCAUGUCAUUCGGCAAGGGAGACAUGAGCAAGGAGAACAUGUACCAUGACCCCAACAAGGACAUGCCAGCCAUACGCCGGUUCGCGGCACCUCCCCCGCCGCCGCCGCAGCCUAUGCACCAGCACCAUGGCGGACACGGCGAGCAGCCCCAUCCUCAUCCGCAGCAGCAGCAGCUGGAGUGCUUCUCCGACGAGGUGGACAGCCGCGGCACGCCGGAGCCGAAGAAGGAGCCCGCAGGCGGCGGCGGCGGCAGCGGCGCCCACCUCGCUUCCGGCGGCGGUGGCGACGGGUCGAGCAUCGAGGUGGCCAAGAAGCGGCGAGGCCGGCCGCCGGGGUCCAAGAACAAGCCGAAGCCUCCCGUGGUGAUCACGCGGGAGGCGGAGCCCGCGGCCGCCAUGCGGCCCCACGUGAUCGAGAUCCCCGGCGGCCGCGACAUCGCCGAGGCGCUGUCCCGCUUCGCGGGCCGCCGGGGCCUCGGGAUCUGCGUGCUCGCCGGCACCGGCGCCGUCGCCAACGUCUCGCUCCGCCACCCUUGCAGCCCGGCCACGGCGGCCCUCGCCCCGCCCGGCCUGGCUGCUCCCGCGGCGGUCGUCGUCGUCCAGGGCCGGUACGAGAUCCUCUCCAUCUCCGCCACGUUCCUGCCCCCGGCCAUGGCCGCCGCCAUGGACAUGGCGCCCCAGGCGGCCGCGGCCAUGGCCGCCGCGGGGAUCUCCAUCUCGCUCGCCGGCCCGCACGGCCAGAUCGUCGGCGGCGCCGUGGCCGGGCCCCUAUACGCCGCGACCACCGUCGUGGUCGUCGCGGCGGCGUUCACCAACCCCACGUUCCACCGCCUCCCCAUCGCCGACGAAGACGCCUCCGUGUCCGUCUCCGGCAGCGCGGACGCCGUCGCGGACGAGCACCGCGCCCAUCCGCACCCGCACCAACAACACCAACCGGAGCCGCCAGAACAGCGGCACCUACGGCGUCAGCCACCGCACCUGGCCGCGUCGACAUCAGGGGCACCGCCGGUGGAACCUUGCGGCGUGUCCAUCUACGGCUGCCACGCGCAGCCCCAACCGCAAGAAGUGAUCUGGCCGCCGGCUGCUCACCAGGCACCACGGCCGCCGCCACCGUACUAAUCGGAGAGAGUUGCUACUAGUACGCGCUUUACCCCAUUGCAUGCCUUUGUCCUGCGAGCUGGUUAAUGCCGUGGCAACGCGCGCCGCUGCCUAAUUGCUUGAUCUGCAUUGACCUUAACAUGCUAGGGUUUAACUCUCCCCCUUUUUCUUUUUGUUUGGCUUCCACUUAUAAUAUCGUCAUUGAUCCGCAUUGACAGAGGUUAGGUAUGUGACUGGAUACUGAAUCGUGUGAGCUAGCUGCAUGCACGCACGCCACGAAGUAGCCAAUGUUAACCUUUUUCCUUGUUAUUAUCUGUCUUUGGUAUUCUCAAACUGACCCAAUUUAGCAUAGAAUUAGAAAGGUUGUUUUCAUCCACGCCAGUGAGCCUGGAAAAUUGCUAGCUGCUCUCUUUUUAAUGAUGUAUUUAUACCAGGAUUAGUUGAGUUCUAGUAACAACCAGCAGCUGCAAGUUGUACGUACUGUGCCACUACUCUGAUGCCAUGCUCUUCUGUAGAAUCAUUUUUGCUGAUAAUUGAGGGCCUACAAUUAUAUA